GCUUAGCAAGGGAAAUUUUGGGCUCAGUUGUGGUCAUAAAUCAAGGACUGCCUAUAUAUAGUGUUGCAACUUUAGUAUAUUAAAUGAAGACUUCUCUUGCCCCAAAACUAGCAAUUAAAAUCUCAUAAUUGCCACACUCUGUGCUAAUACAAUAUUAAUCAGAAGUUUGGAUGACUGUAUGAAAUGCUACUGUAAGUGUUGCCAUAGGCAAGAUUGAGCAACUCCUAAACAUUUAUGUUUGAACUGGAUUUUCUAGAAUAAUGUGCACUUUGUUGUAUUUUAUAUUAAGACAUGAAUUGCAGUUGGAAGCCUUGAGGUAUUAAGUGUCUUCAGUUCUUCAGAAAGCUGGUAGGAAUUUCCAGUAUGAUACAGAGUUGGGAAGACUUCAUUUGAAAUCCAUUUUGAACCACAGAAAUAUAUUGGAAACUUUGGUCUAGUCACUGUCUCUGCCCAACCUUCCUUGCAUGAUGGUGGUUGUGGGAUAGCAUAAAAGAGAAUCCUCAUAUAGUUUGCCUUGGUGAAUAAAAUAUAAAAAUGUUCUGCACAUUGCAAAUACAUCAUUGGGGGAAAAAUUGUUUGACAUGCUAGUUUUGAUUCUUUGAGACAUUUCAGCUCAGUUUCUCCCCUAUGCAACUUAAAAGCAGAUAAAGCACAGUGGGUUAUUGAUGGAUUAUACUAUCUCUCCCAGCUUUCCAACAGAUUUUUCAGGUUAGAAUCUUAGCUCUCAGCCACAUUUCCUAUUGAGCAUAAGAAAUAACAAAUGCAGUAUGUUCUGCUUGGGUGGCUGAAUUAUUCCCACUGGAAUAUAUCAAAGAGAUCAGAAGAACUGAAAAAGAGGAGUUUAUUCGCGAUUAAAGAAAUACCCUGCUCAGAUUGAUUCAUAACAUCUUUUCAUCCUUUCUUCCAAUGGUGAAGAAAAGAUCCCAGCAUUCUCAAAGCUCAUAAUUUCUGAAUAACAAGUAAUAACACAAAAGACCCUCUGCUUUUGCUGUCACUUUUUCUUAUGUUCUUUCAAAGCUAUCCUGUUGCUUCCAGUUAGACUGUGACUUGGUUUACAUGUCAUGCUAAGCAAUUUUUAGUUAUUGCUUAAUAACUAUUAGAGCUUUGCAGGUAUUUGGAUGCUAGGGAUUAGGAGAGUCUUGUAUAUGUACCACCUGUCAGGAAUACCUUAAACUAAAUACACCCUUUCCUGAGUUUUUGCAUCAGGUGUAGUAGGCAGCCAUGUGAGCCUAGGAAAAGACAAGUUUAAUUUAACUCGGUUCCUGACAAGUACACUUACGUUUUUUUCUGAAUCAGAUUAUUCCUUUGAUUCUGGCUCUCCACAUAGCCUAGUGAAUAUGUCAUAUUAUCCAAUUUCAUACUAUAUGCUAAAUAAAGACAGACCACAUCACAUUAUAACUUAACAUGGUAUGCAAACAUAGUCUCAAUAAAGGCUGGAUUAAUUAUGCUUUCACUUAACUUUUUUUUUAAAUUAGGGAGAAGAUAUUGAAUAGACUACCCCUUUCUAGUAUCUGUGCCGGAUUCCUUGGCUAGUAAUGCAACUAAAACCCAAUUUUUUACCCCAGUUAUGUGUACUUCUUUUCAAACUUGGAUCUUACAUACUGUAUAUGAGAUGGAUAGCUGUAUAAAUUAAAUUAAAUAUUUAAUUUAGAGUCUAUUUUGAAAGCCAAUGUAAUUGAAAAUGUGUGACUAUGAGAAAGUUCAUUGUACAUUUGUUGAUUUAGAAAACACACAUGAUCAAGACAAUAGGCUUGAAUAAAAAAUAUUUUGCACAAAUGUGGAAUUGAAGGUUCUUUGCUAAUGAUGUUAAAAGCUGUAUAUGAUGAAAAUAAAUCAUGAAUGAGAAUAAAUGGAAUGCUUAGCAAAUGGUUCAGUACUAAAAAGACAUGUUGGCUAGGAAUGUGAAUGUAUAUGUUUUUAUGCAGCUUAUGAUGGCUUGUUGAAUAAGUAGCUAAAGAAUACUAUAUGAUGUAACAAGAAAUAUGAAUGUGAAAAUUAAUAUAUGAAAACCCAUGGUUGACAAGAAAAAUGGAGUAAAUUAUUUUGGUAUAUAGAUAAACAGUGAAAAACUAGAGGAAGUUAGUGAAUUUGUAUACCAUAGAUAAAUGUUGACUAAAAAAAGGGAGUUGAAUAGAGAAAUUUCGAAAUGUGAAAGUGCUGGUAAAAAUGCAAAGGCUUUGUGAUUUUUUGCAAAUGAAUAUUUAUUGAAAACAAUAAAAAUUUGCAUAAGAGUAUGCUUUAUUAAAUGGAAAUGAGAAUGGGGGUGUUUGCCAAAAGUUUGUUUGAUGAAAAAAAUAAAUAGAAUCUAGAAUGAACGUGUGCUGAAUCAACAUGGAUUGAAUGGCUAGUUCAGAAGUACAUUGUGAUGGUUGUUAUAUAGAAAGAGAAAGAAGAGGGAUCAAACUGCAAAUCUGAAGAAAGAAUAAAUGACUUGAUAGGGAAAUGAUAACUAAAAUGUGGAUGGAUGGAAUUGGUAAGAUUUUGGAAAAGGAGAGUGUUAAAUAAGUUUAAAGAACAAAGGCAAUGUAUGAAGUGGUGUACGGGCAUGGUGAAAAUAAAGUUAGUUUGCAAGUAUAGAAGGGAUAUGAAAAGAUACAGUGAACAGUGUUGAUGUAAACUACGUAGUGUUAGCUAUGUUUUCUUUUCUUAUCUCAUGCGUUAAUUACUUUGGCAUACAUUGUCUUACUCCUUUCUCCCCUCUGCAUAAUGUUGCUUAUUGAAAAUAGAGCUAUGGGGAUAUAUGAUCAUAACCAUGCUAUUCAAAAAUACUUUUUUAUUGUAUCUUUGAACAUCACUAAGGUCAAAACAGGCAAUUUUGUAUUGGUGCUUAGAUUAAUUAUUCUUAGGCUUUAGUUUCCCAAACAUUCUAGCCUUGUUUUUAAAACUUUGGCUGCUUGUAAACUGGAAAUAUUUUAAAAUACAGUACCUAGAAUUUGAUAUUACCAAGUUUUCUGUAAAAUAUGGAUCUAUUUGUUUAUGUAUCAAAUUAAUAUGGCUGUCCAUCUGAUACAAAUAACUCUGGACAGCAUAUAAUAAAACCAACAAUUAAAAUAUUGUACAACAACCAUGUAAAACAACUAAAUAUAAAUAAAAAUCAAGGAUAUUCAAUAAAGUAGCACUCACUAGAACAACAGAUUUAGUUUGACUUCUUGAGGUAAUGUGCUUUUUCUUUUGAGAAAAGUGGUGUUUGACUUCAUGCUAUAUGGACAUUGCUUGGGUGAAAAGCAGGGAUUGAGAUGAUAAUGUGAGAACUGAGUUUAUGACUUAGGCUUCUACAUAGCUCUUUAGCUUCCUGUUAUCAGGACAGAAUUACAUUUUAUUUUAUUUUUUUAAUAUAGAGCAACAUUUAAAAGUUAAAAGAUUGAGAAAGCAGUGACUUAAAGGCAGAAAAUAUAAUUGCAUAGUCCUUAUAAAUGUGUAUGACUGUACACAAGUUGCAGACUUUCGGACUAUACUAUACUUCAGAAUGUAGCAAGGUGUAAAUAGAACAUGCAUUAAUGACUUUUCCUAGAACUGAUUAGACAGGAUCGAUGAGUGAGAAUUUAUAGCCUGCUGGUAACUGUUUUAGUCGCUCCAGCAGUUUUUAUCUCAAAGCAUCCAGAAAAGGAUUCUCUGAUCUUGUGUUUAGGGUGAAUCAUAGUUGGGAAAAAGUUUACUGGUGCUAUAAAUUAAAUAAUCAUUGGUAUCUGUAACCAGUGAUGGAAAAAGAGUUAGAUCUGUUUGUUUUGCUUGCAAUUUAAAGAAUAAUAAAGACUUUUGCUAAUGUUGACCUUCACCUCUGAAGCAUUUCUUUCUUUUUUAAAAAAUCAACAGAUUAAAAAAAAAACAGAGAAUAUAUCCUCCCACUCCUUUUUUAGUUGUUGUUUCCUACUUCUUUUUUUGAUUGUCAGGGAAAGAAGAAAUCAUAAAUCAGUUUGUAAAAAAGGGAUAUUUGAUGAACAUUUCAUUGAAUUGCAGCCUCAAUGGAUAGGUGAUUAAACAAGUGCAGUGUGGUUUUGAUUAGCUUAUAAUUCUGAGGGUUUCCUUUUUAAACUUGUUUUCUGCAAUUAUAUUUGUUUUGUUGCACUUUAAACAGUAACCCAUUUAUUUUAUUUACCAGUUUGUAGGCCACAUCAUCUUAGCCUUUAAUUUAAUUUUUAUAUUUUAUUUUCUGAUUUAGAUUAGCUUAGUCUAGAAAGGGCUGUGUGUAUGUUCUGUUCUACCUCCAGGUUCAUGGUUUUCCCACAGUCUGUUGUCAUCAUAGACAUUCCAUAAAGUAGGUAAUCUGAUAGGUACCAAUCCAUGAUCAUAUCUGAGUGGGAAUUUAAAUUUGAAAUUCCUCAGUCCUAGUAAAACAUGUUAACUACUAAGUCACUAUCUCUAUACUCUUGUUCCUUUGUUGUAGUUAUUGUUAUUUCCGGGCCACAGAGAUAAAUCUUAUGAUGAGAAGCCGUUUCUUAUAACAUAAAAUAAAUAUAAAAAUUCCAUAACCUCAAACAGUAACUACAUAGAAAAAUCUAUGUUCUCUCUGAGAAGAAAGAGAGUUUCAGAGAAAGAUUUGAAUCUAUAACUCCUUGUUUACUGGUCCUCUGUUUAAUUGUUAACUUUUUAAUUGCUUUAAUUUUAUUUUAAUGGUUUGACAUGUAUUGUUAACAUUGGGAGAGUUUUAUUGUGAAAGACGGCUUCUAAAUGAAUUGUGCAGUGAAAAGGCAAGACCAAACUUUUAGAACCAUAGAUUAGAUUUAGAGAUGUUUCAAAGGAAUUAUUGAUCAAUUUCAUUCCAUUAGCAGGCACCAAGAAUAUAUUCUGAUGAGUUAAACUUUGCUUUCUAUAUCUUCUUAUGCUCUUCAUUGAAAUGUAUUGGUAUGUUCUCACUCUUACUGAAACUGCUUCACUUUCUGAUGCGAAAUAGAAAUAUCUUGCACUAUGUACUGAUUAGAUUUCUUCCUUUUUAAGACUAAAGUAUUAUAAACAUCAGGAUUGGGUGCUUUUCCUCUAGCUUUGCCUGGGAUCAAACUCUACCACUCAUACAUGUUUCUUACCUAGCUUGGGAAACAAAAAUUUCCUUCUGACCCAUUACAAAAAACUUUGCAGAUUACAAAUCAUUAGAGACGAUCAAGAAGGAUUUGAACCAAUUCUGCUUAGUAUUGAUAAUGGCAGGUAAUUAGAGAAUCAGACACACUGCUUAGCUGGGAAUUGCAGGUUUUCAUCUGAAGUAGAUGAAAACUACCACCAUCUAAAUUUAGAAAAUUACAUUCAUUUCUUUGGUCCUAGUGAUGAGUGAAGGAUUAUUUUAAGAGUGUAUCAUGUGAAGGCUCCUCAAAAUCUAAACCAAAUCUCAUUCAUUCAUGCAUUCUGAAAUAGAUUUCAAAAUUUUUUAUUGAAUCACAUAGAAUCUGUACUUUCAGUUUUAUACCUAAGGCUCCAGUAUCUUUUGAGUUUGUACUGGGCCUAGAUUAGAUCAGGAAGUCAAAAUACUUCAAUAUAAGGCAGUGGGAAACUGCUUCUGAACUGUUGUCAGAAAAACUCUGGGUUGGGGCCAGUAGUCACUGAGCGAUUAAUAUAAUUUCCAAGUGUUUUCAGUAACUGUGUUGCAUUAUUUAAAUAAGAAACUAUCUGUUUAUUCCAUGUUGGCAAAUUAUGUGUGAAACAACAAUAACCACACAUGAUAAAAAUAGAUUUUGGAUUAAAGUGUGGAUUAAUAAGAAAGAAUUACAGCUUUAUAUCCUUAGCUAUAAUAGUUGCCUAUAUUUGGCACUUCUGUUUAAAGUGAGUCAUUGUUCUUCAAAUACUUGUGUUUGCUUAGAAAGAAACAGCAAGCAGAGAAAGGAAUGCCUAACAUCACUGGAAGAUAGCAGGAAUCACAGCGUAUGGUUGUGGGUUCAUUGUAUGGUUCACAUAAAAAUGCUUGGACCCCCCUUGCCCCCCCAUCACAUCCAUUCAGCAUGAAGAAUAUUGUUCGUUUCCCUAAAAAAAAAAAAUGAAUAGCUGCCCAUGUGAACUGCCGUGUAACCUAUUUUAAUGGUCUUUGUUUUCAUUUUAAAUAAUUUGCACAUUAUAUUCUUUGUUUUGUGCUGCGAAAAUUUAGGAAAUUUAUCACCAGCAGACAUAUAUUUUAUCCCAGAGAUAUCAUUGAUAUCAAACACAUGUUAGCAAUCUGAGGUAAUUUUUGACUGAAUUUAUUACCUAAUAAUUGUGAUUAGCUUCAUUGUUUAAUCAGUAAGGCAAAAACAUAAUAACAUUAUCUGAGUUAUCUUCGCAUAUUGCUUACAUGUUAUGAUUUAUUUAAUUAUAGUUGGUAAAUAUACCACAGUUGGCUAGAUUUACAAGAGCAAUCCUACACACACACACACACACACACACACACACAUCAUAUUAUGGCUAAGCUGCAUGAUGUAUAAACCGUGUCUUUGUGUGAUCAUUGAGAUAAAUGAUUUUCAUUUGUCGUCGUUUGAAAUUCUUGAAAUAGUGUACUUUAGAAUAUGUGUUACUUACAUUCUUCUAUUUCAGAAAAUGAAAAAGAAUGUUGUAUGAAAGCAUUGAGAUCUUUCAGGAUGAAAGGUUCGGCAUGCCUAGUGGGCUAUAAAAAGACGCCACCACCAGUCCCACCUCGGACCACCUCAAAGCCAUUCAUCUCUGUCACGGUGCAGAGCAGCACUGAAUCGGCACAAGACAACUACCUGGACAACCAGGACCACAAGAGUGAAGUCAACAGCCAGUCGGGACUGAGCAAUUCUUCAGAUAGCUUAGACAGUAAUAGGCCACCUAGCGUAACAAGAGGAAACAUCACCACUCCAGCCAAUGAGCCUCCUGAGUUACCUCAGAAAAAUGCAUCUUUGAAGAGUGACAAAGGAACGUUGACUAACGAAGAACCAAAGGUGGAGAACAUCCCCAAAAGGAAGCUGUCAUCUAUAGGAAUACAAGUUGACUGCCUUCAACCAGUGGCAAAAGAGGAGCUCCCUCCAUCAGCCACCAAAUUCCAGUCCAUCGGGGUACAGGUAGAGGACGAGUGGCGCAACAGCCACUCUCACAGCAUGUCCAACAAACAGGAUACAGAUUCUGACUCUCUAGACCUGAAUAAUUCUACCUGUAAAUCAUCUGAAAGAAACCUUGCUGAUUGUUCCCCCUGCAACAACUCCAACAACCUUGAUGCUAACACGAGGCAAGCAGCCAUGCCCUCUGAGAGCAAGAAAAACCUCUCCUAUGGAGAUAGCAAUGACCCAGCCCUGGAACCUUCCUCUCUCCCUCCUCCUGAUCCUUGGCUUGAAACAUCCACCAACACUACAUCAGAACCAACACAGCCGGGAGCUUGCCGAAGGGAUGGGUACUGGUUUCAGAAGCUACUGCAGGCAGAGACAGAAAGGUUGGAAGGGUGGUGUCGACAGAUGGACCAAGAGACUAAAGAGAACAAUCUCUCUGAAGAAGUCUUAGGCAAAGUCCUCAGUGCAGUGGGCAGUGCACAAUUACUAAUGUCACAGAAAUUCCAGCAAUUCCGUGGCCUCUGUGACCAAAACUUGAACCCCAAUUCCAAUCCUAGGCCCACAGCACAGGACCUUGCAGGGUUUUGGGAUCUCUUACAGCUGUCCAUUGAAGACAUCAGCAUGAAAUUUGAUGAGCUGUACCACCUAAAAGCUAACGGUUGGCAGGUGACAGAGCCGUUGGAGAAGAAGGAAGAAAAGAAACCACCCCCUCCUGUUCCAAAGAAGCCAGCUAAACCGAAAUCUCAGCUAAACCGGGAUAAGGCAUCUGACUCAGUGGACAAGCAGCGCCAGGAAGCUCGCAAACGCCUCAUGGCAGCCAAGCGCGCUGCCUCCGUUCGACAAAACUCUGCCACUGAGAGCGCGGACAGCAUUGAAAUCUACGUUCCUGAGGCACAGACCCGUCUUUGAGCAAAGGGAAGAGGAAGAAAACACUUUUUUUUCACACCAUUAAAAGAGGGGAAAAAAAGGGGGAGGGGUUCACUAAACAGUAGUGUGCUUUCUUUGGUCUAGAGACACCAGAGCCAACCCUGCUAAGGGCUCCCAAUUAGACCUUUCCUGGUUCUGUGCUUUGGUUUUUCUCCUCCCCAUCUUUCACGCUGGCUGUGAUGUGGCUGAAAAAACUCUUGGAAACACAGUCCUUUACACUUGGAACUGCAACCUUUUUACUUGUCAAUCUGAGGAUAAUUAUUAGCUUGUUUACAUGAAAUGGACUAAAUUGAAACAAACAAACAAACUCCCCUUGCCCACCUUCAGCACUUGCCAUGCUGUGCUUUCUCCACCCCAAAUCCUUUGGCUAUUCGUUCUGUCUUCUACCCCAGAAAAUCUCCUUCUCUCCACCCUCACUGUUUUUCUUGUAUUUUAUAGUUGUUCUCCUCUUUGCCAUCCUUUUCUCUGCAUGGCAUCAUUUACUGUGUUAGAAGUAAAUUUUUCUUCAGUGCUCCAGAAGAAAACACCAUUCAGCGUGUACUCUUGCACUCUGCUAGUGCGCAGUCUUCGGUUUUGUUACAUAUUAUUUCCUUUAUAGAUGGGUUGGGAGUGGGUGGCCAGGGCUGGAUUGGGUUGGAGGAGGCAGUAAGGCUUUAGGGUUAAUAUAUCUUGUAGUCCAAUGAUGUAAACAGAGGGCACAAUCUGUGAGAUAUAAACAGUGUGUUUUGUUGUAAUAGCCUGGAAGCAAAAAAAAAAAAAAUGUGCAAUAAGAGAAGUGUUUUGUCUGCACACUCCCAUGAAUAGUGCUGCAAAAAGAGGAUUUCCCGUCCAGGGCACCCAAAAGAAACACAGCAAGGUGGAUUCACAUGUUGCCGCACACGCUUUUCUUUUUUCCUGCACUCUCUUCCCCUUUGCAAUUUUUUAUAUGUGAUUUUGUGUGCAAGGAUCAAUGUAUAAGAAACCAGCUGCUAUACAAAGGGUGGGGGAAAACUCUUUCAAAGUUGUACUUAAUACGUUCUAUGGUGAAAGACAAUGGUUUUUGUACUGAAAAAAAAUGAGGUAGAUAUUAAAUGGUUGGCAAGUUGCCCGCCUGUAUGUAUGUGUACAUAUGCACAUAAUACACUUAGUAGGAUAUGUAAAUUUAAUACAUACCAAUGCAUACAUAGCUAAUCACACAUAUACACAUUCAGAUGGUGUCUUUAAAAAAGCAUCUCCAAGAGAAUGGGUGUAUGUAUAGCAUAUAUUUUUACAUGUACUAUAGCUAGAUGUGUGUAAAAGUGUGUGCAAAAAUAUAUACCCUGCAUAUUCUCUCAGCCAUUUUGGCCCUUUUUGUCCCAUAUUUUUGGAGGAACCAUCCUGAAAUUUCAUUAGACCUUCCUCUUUCCCUCUGCACACCUAUUUUGAACUAAUCGAUGAAGCCAGGAAUCAAACAGCCAAAUCUAAGUUUUUCCUCUGCCUUCCACAUCAUCCUCUUUUCCACUUCUGCACUUCUCAGAAAGCUGUGCACUGUAUUUGAAGAGACAGAGAAAAGGUAUUCAAUGAAUAGCCUAAGGUGACCAGAACCCAAAAGAUUUUUUUUUACUGGUAUAUUAAUGAAAAUCAUGUCAGUGAAUGCUGUAUAUGGUGUCUAUGCAUAGGGAGUGUUAGAUUUUUACCUGCCCACUUAAUGUACAAUUUUGUAAUCUGUGAAAGCUUGACCAUAUAGAGUAUGGCUUCAAAAGAGACUUGAUUUAUUCUAUUUUCCUCUCCCUCUCCAAUAACUUUACUUUGAUUAUGGAGGGUGCUUGAUCAACUUUUGAAACAAGUGGCUGACUUUCACAGUUCUUCCUAUUAAAAUUUGAAACGCUUGGAAUGUGACUUUUUUUACUUGCAUUUCCAAAAGCAGCAGUGUCAGUAAUUAGGGCAGGUGUUUGAUGGACUCAGUUUCAGUGGUAUGUGUUUCGGCGUGCAGUUUGUCAGUGGGAUUAAAUCUUAAAUGUAUGUAAUUCAGCAAAAUAGGUCUCCCGGUUUUAGAGAAGUGUUUGUUUCCACAAUUACACAAUUACCUUAAAAAAAGGUAGACAUGCUUUUCUCUGGUAUAUGUACUUAACAUGCUAUUUACACAGAAUAUAUUUGUCCAUUUUACAUCUUAGGUGUAUUUACAAAGGGGCAUUUUUAGCUGAUGUGUACCCCUGUGUGAAUUGGCAUCAUUAAUUUGUUGCAAUAAAAAUAGUAAAGAUCAUGGGUUUUGAAACAGUCCUGGAAAACACUUGGGGUCCUGAACACAAGGACUUGUCUUCAGCAUGCCUCCAGCGUUGCUAACUACACUUGGGAGGUAAUUAUGGGCUUUGGUGGGAGUGAGAUCAAAGCAAGAGCAGUCAGCUGGUUUUCAAAGCAAGGGAACAUCAGAAGCUUUGCUUCAAACUCACAGCACUGACCUUUUCCCCCCCAAUGUUUUGUUUUAAAAGCCAACUUGGUAAUAACCACUUGAUCCUCAAAAGAGCACUGAAAAUAGUUUCCAUAGGUGGCACUUGCAUGAAAUGACACAUUUGCUGAAGGAAUUGAAAUAUUGUGGUCACCUUUGCAUCAGUAUCUCCUCAAACUGUACCAGAGGAUUCUUCACAAAACUAACUUAUUCUAUCUACAAACCCAUGUUAGCGAUAAGAUAGCCAAUGCCCUAUCUCUUCAUAGUUCACCAUAAUGCUGUGCCUGUCUGUAAUCCAAAUCUCAUGUCUGGGAAUGACAUAGCUGCUUUUCAAAGCAUCUAAAGCAGUGUUUCUCAACCUUGACAAUUUUAACAUAUGGACUUCAACUCCCAGAAUUCUCUACCCAAAAUUCUGGGAGUUGAAUUUCACACUGUGAGAAACACCUCUAUCUAGAGGACAUUUUAUUUGUGCCUUUCUGGGCCCUGAAUGUUUUGGGAUGGCUUAAAUGGAAUUUUAAAACAUCUGCGUUCAUAUAAUGGAAGUAGAUCCAAUUGAUUGCAUUCACUGAAUCUUGUUCUGAUCCCUUAAAAUUUAAUAAUCUAGUUCAGCUAGAAACUGACCAAAUUUAUAAAAUUGGCCAAAUCUGACCUUUCUCCAGUGUGAUUCAAGGAAAUACCCAAUAGAUUUAAAUCUAGUGGUAGAGCUACAAAUGCUUAGGUGAAUUGAUUUCUUAAUAGCAAUAAUUCUGUGGAACGAGCAGGAUGCCUUAUGCUUGUUUCCCUGUUUCUUGCAUUUCAAUUAUGCUAUCCAGUUUCAUUGGUUUUCAACAGAGAAUGUAAGCAGAGCUGGGGUUAAAAUUGCUCUGAAAAAUCCAUUUGGUGGAACUGUGCUCCAUAUAUGCUUGCCUAGUUGUAUUUACCUAAUUGUGUGAUUUGUAAAGCAAUGUACCUACUACUUUGAUGACCCGUUUCCUCCCAACCAUGAACAAUGGUAAUAUGUUCCCCUAAGUGAUAUUUUUUAGUUUUAUGGCAGGAAAAAAAAAAGAAGGGAGAGGAUUGCUUAGGACUGUGAUUGGUAUUCAUGAUGGACUUGGCUGGUUCUUUUUCUUUUCUUUCUUUUUUUUUUUUUUUUUUGGAAAAAGGAAAUUAAAGCCUUGUACCUGACCCAUGGCCCAACAGUUUGUGAUGUGAGUUUUGCUUCCAUUAUAAAAAUAUAGUAAAACAAAAGGAUCUA